AUGUCGAUGCGGGCCAUACGUUGCAGUCUUGGGACCUCAUUUCUGCGCAGAGGUAGCUUGGCACAUCAGUCUGCCGCAUGGUUGGCGCGAAAGAGCCACUCGUCUAUUCUCUCUUUGCAAGAUGCAUUCCGCGACCCUUCUUCUCCAUUCCACAUACCUCCGGGCUCUCAAGGACCUGCAUCGCCGGAUCCCCCCGUAGAUGUGCUGGAUCCGGCAGAAGAAGCUAGGGAGACACUAAUAGCGUUGGGAUAUGAUCCAACCAGCUUCUGGGAGCAGCGGAUCGUGUGGGGAGACCACGAUGCCUUUCAACAUGUCAACAACGUGCGGUAUCUUCGUUUCCUUGAAUCAUCACGCAUGCAAUGGAUCGUUUCACUAGCCCACGAACUCGGCGGGGAGUCGCGAGCAAACAACAUGCUCACAGGCAAGGGAGUUUCCCUCAUUAUAAAGUCGGUCUCCGCCGAUUUCAAGCGACCUGUCGUCUAUCCCGACACGCUCCUCAUCGGCCAUCGUCCUCAUACCGGCCUCAUAGCCCCCAAUUCACACGGUAACGGCACCGAAGAGAAGGAAAAGAGACUAGCGAAGACCCAUUUCUACCUAAAAGGCGCGGUAUACUCAUAUGCGCAAAGGCGCAUAGUCACCGAAGGCGAUUCUAUCUUGGUAUGGUAUGACUAUGACAAGCUCGCGAAAUGCGAUCCAGGGGAGGAUGUCCAGCGAGCAUUAUUGCGGAGGAUGGCACUGGCUCCGAACUCGAAACCAUAG